ACAAUCACAUGUUACCAUUGCUAGUGAUGCUACAAUGCAACAGAAGUGCCCUGAGUCGAAUGAGUUUUCAUUUAGUUAUGUUCAACGUAAUUGUCAGCAAUUUCUGAAUUUACCUGUUCGCCGGACUGUAUUAUCUGGGCCUACUAGUGUGCGAAUAUCUAAACUGGAAAACAUUCAUGAGACCGAAUACAAGAUUACAAGAUCUGUGACAAUUCAUGACAAUCUUAAGUGGAGUGUGGCCGUCCAUGAUAAAGGUGUGAAGGCUGAAUUUGUUCAAGUUCCUCAAACUAUCAGUGACAUUGGCAUCUUAAACUUGUUAGUCAAUUCAGUAGACAACAGUAAUGUGUGUUGUGGUAAUCAAGACCCACAUUUCAUCGAGAUGUUGAAAGAGAGAGCCGCUAGUAUUUCCAAAGACAAAUAUAAGUUUAAAAAAAGCUAUGAUCGUCUUGUUAAACGGCUCAUCGACCAAGAAGGUUUAGACAUUGAUCAACCACUCGACAAUGACUUGAAAUCCAUCAUGGUUGAUGAAUCAAAAAAAGUUGCAGACUCCUUUUCUGAAGGAAGUUUCCAACGCUUGUUCUUUGAGGAGCAAGUGAAAAAUUUGAGGUGCACAGACUCUCGCCAGAUGAGAUGGCAUCCUACCAUGAUUCGGUGGUGCCUUUCAUUAAAAUUUUCUUCAGGUGCAGCAUACGAAGCUCUUCGGAAUUCUGGAUUUGUCAGGUUGCCUAGCCGAAGAACACUAUCAGAUUACACCAAUUAUAUCAAACCCCAGUCUGGAAUCAACCAAAAUAUUCUGGAAGAAGUUAUUACUGACAGUAAAGUCGAGACACUUAAAGAACAUCAAAAGUUUGUUGUUUUACUCCAUGAUGAAGCAUAUGGAAAUUUUUUUGACUGUCUGAAUGUAAGAAACCUAGAUGAACACCAUUGCAAAAGAAAACCAAACUUGGCACCAUAUCAAGACCCAAAUGAUCCUCGAUUUGAGUUAAUCAAUUGCUACAGCCAACAUGAUUUGCUGAAACAGUGGGCUAAUACUCCGGUUAACCAUGCUCACAUUAAACCGAAAGCCAAUCAAGAACCAUCGUCCGAAUCGCACGGUCCUGUGUCUUCGACAUAUAGGCCUCUACACGAUACCGUGUGGGAUCGCAUAGGCUAA